CAUAAUGGAGCAAAUAAAUCAAACUUCCUAAAAAUGGAGUCUUUUACAAUGAAUCAAGAAACAGAAACCGUCGCAGGCGGCGGCGAUGAAUCCGGCGAUUCCGCCAAUCAAGAACUCAAUCUUAUCGACAAUCUGAACUCAAACCCAAUUGGGAUCCCGUCGGAUGAUACCACCGGCGACGGCGAACCAAGAAUUUUCUCAUGUAAUUAUUGCCAGAGAAAGUUUUACAGUUCACAAGCACUAGGAGGCCAUCAAAACGCCCAUAAAAGAGAAAGAACAAUAGCCAAACGAGGUCUCCGAUUGGGAUCGGCUUCUUUGUUUCCGGGUCAACCGUAUUUCUCAAGCUUAGCUUCUCUUCCUCUUCAUGGAGCUUCAUAUAACAAUAGAUUUCUUGGAAUUCAAGCUCAUUCUUUGAUUCAGAAACCGUCCAAUUUCAUGCCUAGUUCUUCUGGGUUCAAGAGUAUGUUCGCCGGAAAUGGGGCUGGAUGGUCGUCGGAGCAAAGUUUAGCACCGGCGCAGGUGAAUCGGAAUGGGGCGGCUAGAUUUGUGACGAUGGGAGUUCCGGUGGGAGCCGCCGGCGACGGUGGUUAUUGGUGGUCAGUUGGUGAUGCUACUGGUCGUAUGAAAAAGGUUAAGAAGGAUGAUAUUAAUAAGCUUGAUUUAUCACUUAAGUUAUGAUGUUGUAACUUUUAAGUCCUUUAACUUUGUAUUUAGUCAAGUAUAUCCUCUAUACUUUUUCCUUUUUUUUUGUUUUUUUUUUAGAUUGGAAACCUCAUUUUCAUGAUUGAUAUUGAUCAUUGUUUUUGCUAAAUAAAAAAAAGUUCAUAAUUAUAAGGU